AUGGCCUUUUCUGAUGUUUAUUCUCCUCCUACACCUCCACCUCCACCUCUCACGAAAUACGAUGUUUUUAUCAGCUUCAACGGUAAAGACACUCGUAAUGGCUUCACCAGCCACCUUCACUCUGCUCUGUGCAGAAACCAGAUCGAAACAUUCAUAGAUUAUAGAAUUGAGAAAGGUGGUGAGAUCUGGGAAGAACUCGUGCAAGCCAUAAGAGACUCGUCGGUGUAUCUGGUCAUCUUCUCAGAGCACUAUGCGUCUUCAAAGUGGUGCUUGCGGGAGCUUGCUGAGAUCAUAGAACUCACAAACAUGGUGGAAAAGGGACACCACCAUAUUAUUCCUGUGUUCUACAGGAUUGAACCCACGCAUGUUCGGAAGCAGACGGGAAGCUACUACAGUGUGUUCGCAGAGUAUGACAGAAAUUUGGAUUAUCGCCUUGUGCGCCAGUGGAGGAAGGCACUCUUCCAUGCAGCCAAUAUCUCAGGAUUCGAAUAUAACCAUCACCAUAGCAGGACUGAAUCUGACCUCAUUGAAGGCAUAGUCCAAAUGAUUGUCCGGAAAUUGGAUCAGAAAUACACAAGUGAACUCAGGAGCCCUUUUAUACAUGACCAAAAUUAUGCAUCCAUUGAAUCUGUAUUGAUCAACUCACAGGAAGUUCGAACCAUUGGAAUUUGGGGCAUGGGCGGCAUAGGAAAAACAACUAUUGCGGCUGCCAUUUUUCAAGAGUUCUCUCCCAAGUAUGAAGGUAGUUGUUUCUUGGCCAAUGUAAGAGAAGAAUCUUCAAGGCAUGGCCUCAACUACAUUUUCAAUAGACUUCUUUCUGAGUUGCUGCAGGAACAUGUUCAUAUUACCACUCCAAAGAUUGUGUCUUCUACUAUACUCCGUAGAUUGAGGCGUAAGAAAGUUUUCAUUGUACUAGAUGAUGUGAAUACUUCUGAGCUUCUAGAAAACUUGCUUGGAGUGGGACAAGAUUAUCUUGGACUUGGUAGCAAAGUUAUUGUUACCACCAGAGAUAAGCAUGUUCUUCUGAGUAGAUCAGUUGAUCAUAUCCAUCAAGUCACGGAAAUGAAUGAUGAGAACUCUCUCAAACUGUUCAGCUUGAAUGCCUUCAACAGAACCCAUCCUCCUGAAAAUGAAUACUGGGAGCUAUCAAAAAGGGCACUUGCUUAUGCCAGAGGAAAUCCUUUAGCUUUGAAAGUUUUGGGGUCAUUUCUUCAUUCCAAAAGUGAAAAGGAAUGGGACAAUGCAUUGACAAAACUAAAGAGGAUUCCUAAUGCAGAUAUUCAGAAGGUGUUGAGGUUGAGCUUCAAUGAAUUAGAUGAUACAGAGAAGGAUAUAUUUCUAGAUAUUGCAUGCUUUUUUAAAGGAGAAGAGAAAGAAAAAGUGAUAAGAAUAUUGAAUGAGUGUGGCUUCUUUGCAGAUAUUGGAAUAAGAAACCUUUUAGACAAGGCUCUUAUAUCAAUAGCUACCAAUAAAAGCAUACAAAUGCAUGACUUGAUACAGGAAAUGGGUCACAAAAUUGUGUGCGAAGAAUCUCUCAAGAAUCCUGGAAAGCGUAGCAGAGUGUGGCACCCAGAUGAAAUUUGCAACAUAUUAAAAAAUGAUGAAGGGUCCGCUACAAUUGAAACCAUAUAUUUGGAUAUGACUGAGCGGACAGAAAUAUGUAUAAGCUCUGAUGCACUUAGAAAGAUGCCAAAGCUAAGGUUACUUGCUUUUGCUAACAACAAUGGCUUUGGACAAAAGAGAAUUGAUUAUACGUUGAGUCUUCCAACAAAUCUGGAGUUGCCUAAUAACUUGAGAUACAUUCAAUGGGAUGGAUGUCCAUUAAAAUCUCUAUCAACCACUUCUUGGCCAAGCAAGCUUGUUGAACUCUCCAUGCCGUAUAGUGAUCUUGAAAAGCUUUGGGAUGAGCCCCUGAAUUUUCCAAGUUUGGAGCUAAUUUAUCUGGCUAGUUCGAAACGAAUGAUAGAGUGUCCAGAUUUGUCCGGUGCUCCAAAUCUAAAAGAAGUGUGGGUGAAUGGUUGUGACAAAUUAACUCAUCUUCAUCCUUCUAUUUUAUCUCUUCCAAAGCUUUCAGGGUUAUGUGUGUUUCGAUGCAAAGAACUUAAGAGCCUUUCUUGCACCACUUGUUCACCAUCUCUUAGAGAUGUCGUUGCUUAUGGUUGCCCAAAUCUGCAAGAAUUCUCUAUCCCAAUUUCAAAAGAUAAUUCUCAUAUUAAUCUGCAUUUGAGGUCAACUGCCUUAAACCAACUACCUUCAUCAAUUGUGCAUCUUCAAAAUCUUGAUAACUUCUCAUUUCCAAUCAGUGAUCUCCUCAUGGAUCUUCCAGAAAAGUACACCAAACAAAUCAUGCUUUCAGACCCUAAUAAUCAUGAAUCUGACUCAGUGGCCACCUUACGCAGAAUACUACCCAGCCCUAUGUUCCAUUACCUAAAAGAAUUGAAAUUUGAUGGAUGUCAAAGUUUAACUGAACUCCCAGACAACAUCUCACUGUUAUCAUCAUUGUUGGUGAUAAGACUCCACAACACUAAUAUCAUGACCUUUCCAGAAAACAUUAAGACUCUUCCGAGACUCAAAAUUGUUUUACUUUGUCAUUGUGAAAGGUUACAACAUGUGCCAACGCUUCCACCUUCCGUUCAUCACUUCAAGGCCUGGGACUGCAAAUCUUUGAGGACAGUGUCAAGCUCCACAAGUGAACUAAAAAGACAACACGGUACUACUUUUAUAUUCGUAAACUGCGUGAAUUUGGAUGAAGAGUCAUGCAAUACCAUUUUGGAAGAUGCCAUUGUUAGGAUGGACACUAGGGCUAAAACACAACAACUCUCACCAAGAUUGGAAGAAAACAAAAAUGAAGAGUGCACUGUUGUUGAUGAUGAUGAUGGCUUUCUUAGUGAGGAUAAUGCCAACGUUGGCAAGGUUUGUUAUUUCUUGCCAAUUAGAGGCAGUAAACUUGGUGGCUUAUUCCAUCGUGGCUCUUCACAAAAUUCCAUCAGCAUUCAACUGCCACAAGGUUCCAAUUUCUUUGGCUUCAUAUUCUACUUGGUUGUUCCACCAAUACAACCAUGCAAUACUGGUGGUGACCUUGACUUUAGGUUUGGGUUUGAAUGUUACUUGGAAACAAGUUGGGGUCAAAGGACCCAUAUAGCAAGUUCGUCCUUAAUAGAAUGGAGCUGCGAAUUUUAUUAUGGAUAUCAGAUGAAUCUUUUGUCGGAUCAUGUGUUAUUAUGGUAUGAUUCACAAUGCUGUAAGCAGAUAAUGGAAAUAAUCAGAGGAAGAAAGGCCAUUGAUGAUGAUGACAAGAAUGCAAAUCUGGAAGUUAAGUUCUUUGCUCGGCUACCAAACAAGGAAGAAGUGGUGAUAAAAGAGUGUGGCAUCCGUUGGAUAUACACAAAUAUGGAGAAGGAAUCAAGAGUGUGCAGGUUCAAGAGAAGCAGGCAAGUUUUCGAGUUAGAAGAAAAGGACUUGGAAUCUGAUGAUGAAGGAGAAGAACUAGUUCCUCCAGCAAAGAAAUUUAAGAAUAGCUUAAUGGAAGUUGAAUCAGUAGAAAACUUGAGUUGGACUGAUCAGCAAAGAGCGGCUGCAGCGAAGGAAGGUUGGGGUUAUAGAUUAGUGUUCUCAGUGCAGCUGCUUGGAAGCUUGGAGUAUUUCUUGCGGUAG